AAUUCAAACGUCUUAAAGAGCUCGGUUGUUUCUCGGUGCGGCUGGGCGGCUGUUCGCGGGGCGGUUAGUGGAGUUUAUAGUUUAUAGGGACCGAGAGAUCGGGUGAUCCGGGGGUCGGUUAGGGGAUCGGGAGAUCGGUUAGGGAGCGGGGGGAUGGAGCGCCGGACGGGGACCGGGGACCGGGUCUGUAGCGGGUGAGUAGCGGGGCAGGGGCACCGGGGGAACCGGGCGGUGGGUAGUCAUGUCCGCGGCGGAGCAGGGCUCAUGGCUGCGGGGCGAGGUGGAGCGGCUGUCCCGGGAGCUGAGCGAGACGACCCGGGAGAAGAUCCAGGCGGCGGAGUACGGGCUCGCCGUGCUGGAGGAGAAACAGCAGCUCAGCCAGAGAUACGAGGAGCUGGAGGGGGAAUAUGAGACCCUCAGACAGGAGCUGGAGCAGCUCAGAGAGGCUUAUGGCCACGCCCACUCCGCCCAGAGGAAGGUUGCGGCGGACGGAGAGAGCCGGGAGGAGUCCCUGAUCCUGGAGUCCGCAUCUAAAGAGGCUUUCUACGAGCAGAGGGUUCAGGAUCUGCAGGCCGACCUGCGACAGACCAGAACCACCCUGACCAGCACACAGGCUGAAAACGAGAGACUGGCCGCUCUCGCGCUCGAGCUGAGAGAGAGUAACGAGCUGGUGGAUCUGCAGCGAGCUCGGCUGCGGGAUGAUAUCAGGGAGUUUAAGGUCAGAGAGUCUCGGCUGCUGCAGGACUACUCUGAGCUGGAGGAGGAGAACAUCACCCUGCAGAAACAGGUCUCUCUGCUCAGACAGGGACAGGUGGAGUUCGAGGGUCUGAAGCAUGAGAUCCGCCGGCUGGAGGAGGAGGCGCAGUACCUCAACAGCCAGCUGGAGGACGCUGUCCGGCUGCGGGAGAUCGCCGAGCGGCAGCUGACCGAGGCUCUGGAGACGGUGAAGACCGAGCGCGAGCAGAAAGCGGCCCUGAGGAAAGAACUGACCAAUCACAUGACCCUCGGGGACUCGCUCCUCGCCAGCUCUCUGGACACGCUGAAGCUCGGUCUGGACGAGCCCAACAACGACGAGGCCGUCCGCACCUUCGAAAACGGCUUCGCCAAGAUGGUGGACAGCGACGAGGACAACCGGUGCUCCACCCCCAAGAAGGGCGAGCGGUUCCGACCGGCGCCGAGUCUGGUGGACGAUCUGCUGAGCGAACUGAACAUCUCAGAGAUCCAGAAACUCAAACAGCAGCUCGUCCAGGUUGAGAGGGAGAAGGUGGCUCUGCUCUCUACUCUGCAGGAGUCUCAGAAGCAGCUGGAGCAGGCCCGCGGCUCUCUGGCGGAGCAGCAGGAGGCGAUGGCGAGGCUGAGUGAUGAUCUGGGGGCGAUGAGGAGGUUCCACGCCGGCAAAGAGCGUCAGUCGGCUCUGGACAGCGAGCGGGAGCGGGACAGCCGAGAGGAAGGAGACGUGGACUAUUACGAGCUGGACAUCCACGGGCCGGAGAUCCUGCGCUGUAAAUACGAGGUGGCCGUAGCCGAGGCCGGAGAGCUGAGGGAGGAGCUGAAGGCGCUGAAGGCGGAGCACGAGGAGGUGAGGGCGGAGCAUACGGAGGUGCAGGAGCGUCUGGAGAGUCAGGUGCGUGAUCUGAGCUCUCAGGUGUCUGAGCUGGAGAGCGGGGGCCGGGUGGACCGGGAGAAGUUGGCGCGGCUGCAGAAGGAGCUCCAGGAGACCAGCGUUCUGGCGGGAGAAUCUCAGGGAGCGCUCAGCGUGGCUCAGGAUGAGCUGGUGGCCUUCAGCGAGGAGCUGGCCAACCUGUACCACCACGUCUGCAUGUGCAACAACGAGACGCCCAGCCGCGUCAUGCUCGACUUCUACAAAGAGGGGAAAGGAGCCGACGGCAAGGCGACCCGUCCAUCAUCUACACAAACACCCGCUGGCUCGGAACCGGCCCCCGCCCCCGCCUCCGAAUCCACACACAGCACCACGAACAGCGCCUCCGCUGGCCCGGCACGGGAAGACUCCAAAAAGGAGCCGAUGGACGUUUAUAACCUGGUGGCCAUCAUCCGGGACCAGAUCCGGCACCUCCAGCAGGCGGUGGACCGCACCACCGAGCUGUCCAGGCAGAGGGUGGCCUCUCUGGAGCUGAACGCUGUGGCCGAUAAAGACCAGACGGCCUGCAUGGAGGAGAUCCUGAAGCUCAAGUCCCUGCUGAGCACUAAACGAGAACAGAUCGCCACGCUGAGGACCGUGCUCAAAGCCAACAAACAGACGGCGGAGGUGGCUCUGGCCAACCUGAAGAGUAAAUAUGAGAACGAGAAGACGAUCGUCACAGAGACGAUGAUGAAGCUGAGGAACGAGCUGAAGGCUCUGAAAGAGGACGCAGCCACCUUCUCCUCCCUCCGAGCCAUGUUCGCCACCAGGUGUGACGAGUACGUGACUCAGCUGGACGACAUGCAGAGGCAGCUGGCGGCGGCUGAGGACGAGAAGAAGACGCUGAACUCGCUGCUCCGGAUGGCCAUCCAGCAGAAGCUGGCUCUGACCCAGCGCCUGGAGGACCUGGAGUUCGACCACGAGCAGUCGCGCCGGGGCAGUAACCCCGCCCCCCGGGGCAAAGGACCCUUCUCUCGGGGCAAGGGGCCGGCCUCGUCGUCCAGCCCGCACGUAAGUCCCAGACUGCCCUGCAGAAGCCGCCUGCACUCCCAGGGCUUUGUGGGUAGCCCCGCGGUUAACUUUGUGGGCAGCCCUGUGGUUAGCCGCGUGGGCAGCCCUGCGUUUACCCGCGUGAGCAGCCCUGUGGUUAGCCGUGUUUGCAGCCCCCUGGGCAGCCGCGUGGGUAGCCCUGUGGGCAGCCCGGUGGUUAGUCGCUCGGGCAGCCCGGUGGUCUUCUGCAGUGAGAAGUAUAAGAUCCUGUGUGACAUCUGAAGCUGAUUAACCAUCGAUGACCUGACCUGCUGCAUCCCUGCUUCAUCACCCAGCCUGACUAACCAUGUACAUCUCAUCCUGUACAACUGACUGACUAACCAUCUGCUGUCUUCUAACUGGCUGCUUCACUGAUGCUUUUGGACUAAUUGUCUUCUGUGUGAAGCUUCACAAUCAUCGCUAAGACCAUCCACUAACCAUCUAAUCACAUGAUCAUCAGCGCUUCAUGUCUGUUGGUUUUGCAUGUCUGUUUAAACACACAAACACACACACACCACUAACACUAACUCUGUUGUGCGUCAGUUUAUGUAUUUUCUAUGUUUUUCAGGGUAGCUUUUUUGUGAAUAAUAGUCCCAUUAAUCUCAAUAAAUCUGGUGACCCGGCAGACCAAGAAAGUAGGGCUGCACAAUAUAUCGUUUAAGCAUCGUCAGCUUUUAAAUUAAACAUGUCAUGUUGCAAUAUUUUGAUUCUUGACAAGAAGUAGAUACACAGCUCUGUCUCUGUGUCUGUGUGAGUGACAGGCUGCUGCUGCCUGAGAAGAAGGAGGGGGGGGUGGGAGCGUGAGGAUUUGUUCAGGAGUAAACACCAGGUAACCUCACGAAUGGCCUCCAUCCACAUGGUUGGGCACGUGCUUGUAAACUUGAGCACGUGUUGAAAGCUGUGCACCUCAGUCCAGCACAGUUUUGCGGCGCAGAUAUUUCCAGUUACAGCUGAAUUCACGCUUUUAAUCCCAGAAAAACAAACGCUCUUAUUUACCUUUUAAAAAAGGCAUUUAAAUGCCUGAAUAAAGGGCGGAUUACUGUUGUUUUGCUGUUUUUUCUCGGGUUUUAAGUGCUCGGCGCUGACUAAAUUGGCAAUAACCCAACAAUACAUGGGUUACAGUCACAGUUCAGUUUAUUGUACUGUAAUUGAUACCGUAAACCAUCAAUCAGCACAAAUUUGCUGGCUCCUUUUUGGGUUAAGGAUUUUGGAUUGCAUGCAAAGUUUAAUUUAUUUACUUUUUAUGAACAGAUUUAACAUUACUACAACUAUAACCAAUCAUUAACCAGUAAACCUGGUUGUAGCAUCUGAAUGGUCAAUUUUUUAUACAGCAGCAGUGAAGAUUCACACUGGAUGAAGCAUUAAUGAUGCUAGGGUAUGCAGCAUUAAAGGAGAAAAAAAAACUUCUGUAUAAGUUGUGAGUUUUGGGCUGUCCUGUGGUGACCCACAUCCAUCAGCUCCCAGCGUAUACACACUCCAGCUGUGUGUGUGUGUGUGUGUGUGUGUGGCUAAUUCCUCAGCAUUAGUCUAAGUGCUAAGCUCUCAGCUGAGUGUCAGUGGGAAUAAGUCGGCGUAAUCCGGAGGUCAGACGUCCUUUGCAGAGCCUGAUCCUGCUGUACCGUUUACAGCCACAAAUAAAGCUGCAGUCUGGAUAAAAUGAUAGCAGGAGGUUCUGAUUCUGGUUCUGUUUGAUGUGUUGAUGCUCCUCUGACUGUAGUUAAGAGGAUGGGUAUCUGGAUCAGUCCUACUCCAAGUUGGAAAUCUGCUAAUGCACUGUGGAUCUUUGGUGGAGCUGCAUGAGUUGAGUUAUAUUAGCGUAAAAUCCAGUAAUAUUACUCUACUUUCUCAGUCAAUCGGGAUCGGGAGAUCGCUGGUUUGAAUUUCGGUCAUGCAGCUUGCCAUCAGCUGCCAAAACCCUAGAGAGCCCAAUUGGACUUGCUCUCUCUGGGUGGGUACAGUCGAUGGCGCUCUUUCCCCUCAUCACUCCAAAGGGUGAUGUGGAUCAGCACAAGGCUGCGUCUGUGAGCUGUUGUAUCAGAACCAAGUCGCUGCGCUUUCCUCCGAGUGUUAGCGCUGUGAUGCUACUCGGUAAUGCUACAGCAUCAGCAGCAGUUCAAAAAGAGGCUGAGUCUGACUUCACAUGUAUCGGAGGAGGUGUGUGCUAGUCUUCACCUUCCUUGUGUUGUGGCUGUUGUCACUAGUGAUAAGGGGUUAUACAGCUAAGUAGCAGCUGAAUAUGUGGGACAAUUUGCAUAGCUAAAUUGGAAGAAAAACAAAAAGGAAACAAAUGCAUGUGUACAGCUGUCUAUAAAGGGCUGCUCAUAGCGUGUUUUGUAUUAAUUGCAGUGGAGUAAAAACAAAAAUUUGCUCCUCACCUGUAGGGGGAGCCCAGGAGCCACAUUUUAGACAUGCUGGAUUGUGUGUUCUAAUGCUAGUCAUACUAGCUUUAUUCAGAAUGGAAGUGAUGAUUAAUUUCAGUGGAAAUUGUUAUAGUAAAGAAUUUUGUAAAACAUUGGAAAUGUUUAUGUAUUUUCUGCUUAAAUGUUGUACCUUUUAACCAGUGAUACAAUGAAGAUCAAAAACAUGUCAUUCGACCGUUUAAGUAAAACACGGUUUGGGAUACGGACCCCAUGAUUAGCAUGUUUAGCAUGAUGCUAAGCUAAAAGCUACUCAGUGGAACCUCUACUGGUCUAGAUUUGGGUCAGAUUAUAUGUUUUUUUUUUUAAAUGGAGAAUCUCCAUUUAAUUGAAUUGAAUUGAAUCUAUUGUAUACUGUUGUGUAUUAAAUUCCAUUGUAUUCCGUUACGGAAUUUCAAGAUUGUAUUGUCCUUUCUGUACAAGAAUAACAACAAUAUUUCAUCUG